ACUCUGCCCUUCUGCCGCAAGCACCGUACCCGGUGACGGCGCUGACGUGGGGCCACAACGACAAGCGGCUGUUCGUGGCGGUGGGCUGCGUGGUGCACAUGGCGUGGGUGUCAAUGCGCAUCGCGUCGCUGCAGCUACUGUCCAGUCUGCAGCUUUACAGCCGGCUGCAGGGAGGCCUCGCACAUGUACCCCUCCUGCCGCUGCCGCAGCGCAUUCAGCAGCUCGUCUCAAAGCUAUUCGCGCACACCAUUCGGUGCUGCGUGCCGGAAGGGUCGGGCCUGAGGGAGUUUGUGAGUCGCGCGCCAAAAGUGCGGCUGCACUGCACGAUGCUGCGUCACGAGGAGGACAUUGCUGCCAACUGCUACACGCUCUACCUCGAGUACCUCGGCGGUCUAGUGCCUUUACUCAAGGGAAAACGAACCAGCAAACUAAAACCUGAAUUCGUCAUUUUCGACCCACAAAUAAGCGAUGCGGCGUGUGUAUCGGAGCAUAUAAUAGCGCAGAAUGCGAGCAGUGGCUACGGCACGGGCAGCGACAGGGAUGACUCGGAUGCAGAGGACGGCUGUGCGAGUCCCAGGCUCACCCGGCGGCAUAAAAACACCAAAAACCACUCUCAACAGUAUAUCGACACUUUACCUGAGGACCUGAAACUAGCGGAAGUGACGUCGAACAUUUGGGGCACUAAGUUUCGGAUACAGGGCGUGUCGCAGGGCCUGGCCACCAACCUGGGUCAGGUGACGUACAAGACGUCACUGCUGCACCUGCAGCCACGGCAGAUGACGCUGCUGAUGGCCGGUGAUGGCCCCGCUGACUCCAACAACUCCAAUAACAGUCACGGCCACUUCGAUGACGACGAUGAUGGACCCGGACUGGAGCCACGAGGCGCGGGCGGCAUAGUUCCGCCGGUGGCGCCGCUUUCGCGAUCCAGAUGCCACUGUCGCAGCGGGGGCGGGGGUGUGGGUGGGGGCGGCAAGGGAGGCGGUGGAGUGGCAGCGAGGGGGGGCAGUGGAGGCGGAGGCGGCGCAGAGUGCUUCAUGACGCGCAGCUCGUUCCGCGACUGCGAGUGCGGAGGCGGCGGUGGCCUUGGCGGGGGCGGUGAUGGAGGCGGUGUUUGGGCGGUGUUGGCGGGGGCGGGUGUGGAGGCGGAGGCGGCGACGACAGCCCGCAGGGGGGUCGCGGCGGGGGGGCGGCGUGGUUCGCAGCUGCUCGGCGGGUACCUGGACCUGGUGGAGUCGGCCCAGCAGACCACACGCGGCUGGUGCUCGUCCGACAGACCAAGGCACCACGCCUCACGCACUGCG